AUGGCGUUCGUCCUCCGUCGCCCGUUUGCCGUAUCGGCCGCACUUAAACAGGUCACCAAACCAACAACAGUUUCGUCAACCAUCCGAUUUAUCCAUAACGGACCUAUCAAGCCCUCUUCGUCAGCCGGCCGAGUAUCAUCUCAACUCCCUUCUUCAUCACCUCUCAGUAAAGCGCGCAAGUCGUUUCAGGAUGCCUUCCGACGAACAUACAUGCAAAAGGCGUAUCAGCCUACCGCUGGUGACACUAGCAAUAUGACUCAAAAACUGAUAUAUGGUGCUGCCAUCGUCGGUGGAACUAUCGUGGCAACCAACUUCAUAUUUAAUCGGGAAACAAGAGAGGAUGGCGGAAUGCGUCCGUACGAGCGAAGCUUCUUGAACGAGACUUUCAUGCAUACAGGCCUUGGUAUCGGGAUUAUUGGUAUUGCUGCCCGUGCCCUCCACACCAGCGGAUGGUCAUACCGGCUUAUGGCAACCAACCCAUGGGUUGUUGUCGGUGCCAGCUUGGUGGCCAGCAUUGGAACCAUGUACGGAACUUUUUACACAUCACCAGAUAAUUAUGUCCAGAAGUAUGCUCUGUGGACUGGAUUUAACCUUGCCCAAGCCGCUGUUCUCGCACCUCUAUUCUUCAUGUCCCCUGCUAUCCUUGGACGUGCAGGCCUUUACACCGUGGGCAUGAUGGGCUCUAUUGCCUUUGUCGGUGCUACUGCCAAACAGGAGAAAUACCUUUACCUUGGUGGCCCCCUUCUUGCCGGUGUUGCCAUCGUUGCUCUAUCUGGUUUCGCUCCCCUCGUCCUGCCGGCUACUGCCACACGAACUCUUAUGUGGUCUGAACGUAUCUGGCUAUAUGGAGGCCUUGCUGUCUUCGGUGGAUUCACCCUCUACGAUAUCCAGAAGAUCCUCUACCAUGCCCGCUUGGCUGAGAGAGGCAUUGUUCGAAGAGAUGUUGUCAACGAGAGUGUCAGCCUUGAACUCGAUUUUAUCAACAUCUUCGUCCGGAUGGUUCAGAUUCUGGCAUUGAGAGGCGGUAACAACAAGCGAUAA